UUUAUUGGGCUAUACCCCUGCAGGUCUUGCACAGCUGAAACUCUCAUGGCUUCUCCCCCCAGUGUGCCAAGAUGGACUCCAAGCCCAACAAGGCAUCUCCGCCUUCCGGCAGCGGAGGAGGAUGACAUAGAGAUGCAUGGCUUCAGGACCGGCGUCGAUGCGCCGGGAAGCAUCGACAGGUCAUUCCCUUUCAGCGGUAAAUUUGGCCCUCCAUCACCUGAGCACCCUCGCUUCCACCGCAGCAGCCAAGAAGAGUUCGACGGCUUGCCGGAAGUGGAGGAGGUGAAGGUGUCGUUCGAAGAGAAGGUGCCGGUUCGGUGCAUGGUAGGCCAUGAGGGCCUCGGGAGCAACCGGAAAGAUCGUGGUGUCUUCCUCACCUGGGAAGAUCUCUGGGUCUCGGCAUCGGAUGGCAAAGGCGGGCGCGUACCGAUCCUCUGCGGGCUUAAUGGUUAUGCAAAGCCCGGUGAGAUCUUGGCCAUCAUGGGACCUUCUGGUUGCGGCAAGUCUACCCUCCUAGACACCCUUGCAGAGAGAUUAGGAUCGAACGUGAGUCAAAGUGGAGAAAUUUUAGUUAAUGGCCGGAAACAGAAACUCGCAUUUGGGACAUCAGCUUAUGUGACUCAAGACGACGUACUGAUGACAACGCUCACCGUCGGAGAAGCUGUGUGCUACUCGGCACAGCUCCAGCUGCCGGACUCCAUGUCAAGGGCCGAGAAGAGAGAGAGGGCGGAGGCGACGAUCUGGGAGAUGGGCUUGGGAGGUGCCAUGAAUACAAGGAUAGGGGGAUGGGCUUCCAAGGGCAUCAGUGGUGGUCAGAAGAGGAGGGUGAGCAUCUGCAUGGAGAUUCUGACCCGGCCUGAGCUCCUCUUCCUCGACGAGCCGACAAGCGGGCUCGACAGCGCUGCGUCGUACCAUGUCAUGGAUAGGAUAGCUUGGCUUGCCCGCCGGGAGGGGAUGACGGUCGUCGCGGCCAUCCACCAGCCGAGCAGUGAAGUGUUUGAGCUCUUCCAUGGCCUUUGCCUCCUGGCUUACGGCAGGACAGUGUAUUUUGGACCAGCUUCAGCGACCAGCGAGUUCUUUGCGUUGAAUGGCUUCCCCUGUCCGCCUCUUCGAAAUCCUUCAGACCAUUACCUCAGGACAAUCAACAAAGACUUCGACAAGGAUAUUGAAGAAGGCCCUGAGGUUAAGCCAAUGACCACUGCUGAAGCAAUUGAGACUCUGGUGAAAUCCUACAAGUCCUCCACUAUUUCACAGCAAGUAGUUCAACAAAUUGCAGAGAUACGUCUGAUGGGUGGAGCUCUGGUGAAGAAGGGAAAUCAAGCUAGCUUCUUAACUCAGUCCAUUGUCCUUACCAGAAGGUCCUUUGUGAACAUGUAUAGAGACUUGGGCUACUACUGGCUGCGAUUUGCUAUUUAUAUCGCACUUUGCCUCUGUGUAGGCACCAUAUAUCAUGAUGUUGGGCAUUCUUAUGGUUCAAUUCAGGCCAGAGGUUCUAUGCUCAUGUUCACAGCUGCAUUCCUGACUUUUAUGGCAAUAGGGGGAUUUCCAUCUUUUGUGGAGGACAUGAAGAUCUUUGGACGAGAAAGACUGAAUGGGCACUAUGGUGUCACUUCAUUCGUGAUCGCCAAUACUCUUUCUGCUACUCCAUACUUGGCUCUCAUCUCUGUAGCACCAGGGGCCAUGGCCUACUACCUAGUUGGCCUUCAGAAGGGAAUAGAUCACUUUGCCUACUUUGCUCUGGUGCUAUUCAUGUGCAUGAUGCUAGUCGAGGGCUUGAUGAUGAUUGUUGCAAGCAUCGUCCCAGAUUUCCUGAUGGGCAUUAUAACCGGGGCUGGAAUUCAGGGAGUGAUGAUGCUGAAUGGCGGCUUCUUCCGGUUGCCCGACGAUCUCCCGAAGCCGGUGUGGCGCUAUCCGAUGUACUAUGUUGCCUUCCAUACGUAUGCUAACCAAGGCUUCUACAAGAACGAGUUCUUGGGUCUGACCUUCCCCAACGACCAAGCAGGAGGGCCUCCCACCAUUAGUGGCGAAGAGAUUCUGAGAGAUAUUUGGCAAGUUGAAAUGAGCUACUCCAAGUGGGUUAAUCUCGCUAUCUUAUUCGGUAUGGUUAUUCUAUAUCGGGUCUUGUUCUUGGUGAUUGUAAAGAUCACUGAGAAGGUUAAGCCCAUGAUUAAAGCCCUACUGGUUAAGCCUCCAGAGAAAUCCACCCAUGUUAUGGAGCUACCGCCCGCUGGUCCGCGCACCAUGAGUACCAAAGGCUGAAAUAGUUGGUUGUUUUCUUAUAUAAUUACGUUGAAUGUCUUCAUACCUCAUGAGAGGGAAAGUAUGUAUCAGGCAGUGUGCAACAAAUUCUAGUACAAUUAUGGUUUGCAUUAAACUCUUGUAUCGAAAAUUUACGCUGUAGUAAAUUAAGGAAGUUUUUAUGAA